AUGGAGAGUUCUUCCUCAUCUUCUUGUCUCUCUCUUGGACUACACAUGAUGAACAACCAAUCAUCUACUGAUAACAGUGAACAAGACAACACAAGUCUUCACAAAGAGUCCAAAGAAACAUCUGAGAACAGCGAUGACCAACACAGCGAGAUCACAACAACAACAACUACAACAUCGGAAGAGAAAACAACUGAACUUAAGAAACCAGACAAGAUUCUUCCGUGUCCCAGAUGCAACAGCGCAGACACCAAGUUCUGUUACUACAACAACUACAACGUUAGCCAGCCACGUCACUUCUGCAGAAACUGCCAGAGGUACUGGACUUCCGGUGGAUCCAUGAGGACCGUCCCGGUCGGUUCAGGCCGCCGCAAGAACAAAGGAUGGGUUUCCACAGACCAUUACAAGCACAUCAGUUCCAAGAAUAAUAGUAAUGACUACAAUAACGAUUACAAUAGCUCCUCGACUAAGAUUCUCAGCUUUGACUCUUCAGAAUCUUGUGCUAAGCAUCAAUCAAGCGAUGCAAAAACAACGGCCCAUUCUAUUUCCCAAGAUUUCAACAAGUUUCAAGGGUUUCUUCCUCCACAAGUAACAUCCUCUGUUUCCCCUCCUUGGCCUUAUCUGUACUCUCCUAACCCUAGUUUCUACCACAUCCCCGUCUACUGGGGUUACACGGUACCAGUUUCUUCUACUCUAGAGACUUCCACAUGUCUAGGAAAAAGGACAAGAGACGAAGCUUCACAUGAGAAUGUUAGAGAGCAAAGACAAUUAUGUAACAGAGAAUCUCAGCUUUUUCAUUGA